GGGAUCGGACAUUAUGGGAUACUUGUUAGAUAUUGCUAUCACACACUCUCUAGACGCGACUAUCUUUAAGUAAGAAGCUGUUUUGAUUAUUCUACACAUUGCAUAAAUAUGAUUCUUUCUGUUUACUGGCAUAAUUUAUUUGGCUACCGCGUGACUUUGUUCUUUCUUCACCUCGGCCAUUACAUUGCGCUUUCUUACCGCUAUUACAAAAAAGUUGCACUUGACUCUAUGCUCGGACUCGAAGACUAUGGCAGCGGCAGUGAGAGCGAUGGGGAAACCGAGACAAAACCACAGACUUCGAGUGGCAUAAUCAGUCAGUCAUUGAAACCUCAGUCCAAAACGACCUCAUCAUCCAGCAUUGCCCUACCUCCUCCUAGGACAAAGAAGCGAAUCGCGAUUGCUCUGCCCUCACUCAAGUCUGUGAAAGACGACGGAGAUGAAGAAGAGAUAUCCAAACCUGUCGCGAAGAAGCCUCGAUUGGAGUCUGGUGCUGGGACAUCAUCGUUGAUGUCUAUGCUUCCGGCGCCAAAACAGAAAAACCCCAUACCUGCUCCGACAGAACGAGUCCUGGGUGGCGGCAAGGGUCAGGCUUUGUCCUUCAAUCUGCCUUCAGCACCGUCAGCCGACGAGGGCGAGGGCGAAGCGCCAGGGCCAGGGCCUUCAAUACCCUUUCUGCCACCGUCGCUGGCAAAAGGGAGGUCCAACAUAUCAUUGGAAGAAGAGAGACCCAAGCCUGCUGCUCGGACUGCUGCUCCUGCUCCUGCCUUGGAUUUCUUUUCAUUAGGCGCCUCCUCCUCCUCUACACCCAAGCCCACUGACCCUUCGUCAUCCUCCAUCAGCAUAUCUUCCGCACCAGCCAUUCCAACUUUUGAACCACCAGAACCGACAAUGAACGACGAAUAUCCUGGGUACUACCAACUUCCCUCAGGCACAUGGAAGGCGCACGAGCCAGAGUAUUAUGCAAAGUUCCUGAAGAGGUGGCAAAAGGAGUACAAUGACCAGGUUCGGGCUUUGGAGAAGGGUGUUGCGAAAGGCUUUGAGGGUAUGGAGAAGGAUGGCAUGGAGGACGUCGACGCUAAGACGGAGAUGGAGCGAGCCAAGAAGGAGAUCAAGGAGAGAGAAGAGAGAAAGGCGAUAACGAAGGGUGCUGGAGAUGCUCCUGAGAAACCGAAAAUGAACAUCAACGCAUCCAAGCUCAGCGGUAUUGCUCGCUCCAGACAUCAGCUGUCAACGAUGCUCAAGGAGGCAUACGAGAACAGAGAAGUUCUGGAAGAGAAAAUUGCGGAAGGCAGACGCAACCGUAAGGAGGCUGGGAACAAAUACGGGUUCUGAUUUACCCUCUUAUUUACGUGCAUCCAUACAUCUGUAUAAAUAUAUAUAAUGCCCGGGCUACAAAUGUACGACAAGACUAGAUAUGCUCUAUAAUAUAUAGAUGGUACGUAGCCCGUCAGGAUGGUGGAAUAAGAUGACUAGAAUACAAAGCAAAAGUGAAAUGAAAGUACCAUCCGGCUACGGAUACAAAUCCCGUUCACUUGCCACCGGCAGAGAA